AUGUCGUUUGCCUAUCCGCCGGUCAUUCGAGUAGGCUCCCGGAAAAGUCAGCUAGCUCUUCUACAAACCAACUUCGUGCUUAGUCUACUGAAGCAGCUCCAUCCACAAUGCAAAUUUGAAAUCGUGAAAAUUUCAACUACUGGAGACAAAAUUCUCGACAAAGAAUUGUCAAAGAUCGGCGACAAAAGCCUUUUCACGAAGGAGCUUGAAUUUGCAUUGUUGAAUGGUACGGUGGACUUCGUUGUGCAUUCACUCAAAGACGUCCCUACUACUUUGCCUGAAGGUCUUAUUCUCGGUUGUAUUUGCUCCAGGGCUCCACCUUUUGAUGUCGUUUUAAUGUCUCCUUCUAAUCGUGGCAAAAAGUUGUCUGAGCUUCCACCGAACUCCGUCAUCGGAACCAGUGCGCUUCGCCGCAUCGCUGUAUUGAAGCGAAGGUUUCCUCACCUUAAUUUUCUUUCCGUGCGCGGAAACUUAUUCACACGCCUUCAAAAACUUGAUGGUCAAUAUUUAAAUGAGUGUUCCAACUCAGUCACCAAACCCACGUACGAUGCACUCGUAUUGGCUGAAGCUGGGGUUUUACGAGUCGGGUGGAAGUUGAGAAUCGAUGAGCAUCUCAACUGGGAGCGUUAUGCAGUAGGCCAAGGUGCAUUGGCCUGUGAAUGCCGGCUUGCAGAUUCUAGCAUUCAGUCGCUUCUCUCCAGCAUUCAUUGCGAACCCGCAGCUCUAGCCUGCAUUGCAGAAAGAGCCUUCAUGAGUCGUCUGGAGGGCGGUUGCACUACACCCAUUGCUGUGCGCACCGAACUCAGCCCUGGCGGAGUGGCGGGCGUCAGGGGCAACGGGAUUGGGCCAGUCCAGUUCCUCUGCCUUGACGCAGCUGUACUUUCACUGGAUGGCACGAAGUGCGUUGAAGGCAAGUUGGCCACUUAUUUGCCAUUCUCUAUGCCAUCGGAUUGUGCAAAACUGCAGAAAGCGGGCGUGAAGUCAUCGGUAGUCAAUUGUCCGACCCUAAGCGAUGAAAUCUCAGAGAGCGAGGAGUCCUGCGCUGAAGACGGGCAUGCGGUUUUUCUGGGUGUGCAGGUGGCGCCAAUCUGUUCUGUGGGGCGGCUUCGAAUGGCUCGAGCCCGACGACUUGGUGAGAGCCUCGCUGAUCGUCUCUAUACUUCUGGUGCUGCGGAAAUUCUUAAAGAAAUCAGAGUGGUAUUUAUUGAAGAAAUGGACACGAAAUCCAAGAAAAAGCGCAAGGCCUUCUACCGUCGCUGUGCUGCUGGGGAGAGAAGGGCCAAACAACGACUCCUCGAGGUCUCGCGCAGUGCCAUUGGGGGUGCUCCUUCCACUAAACGUUUAGAACCUGGAAUGACGGGAAUUCUUCUGACAUGUGUAAACAAAGCGGAACGUCAGGCUUUGAUAGAAGCUUACAGGCUUCUCAAUGAGGCGCACGAACGUCUAAACGGCACUCGUCGGAGUGAAGAUAAAGCAGUUGCUGUUAGUGACAAUGAGGACUUGAGUAUUGCUUCGGCCUUGAUCAAGGAAAUGAAGUCGGACUCCACAAGCAGUCAAUACACAUUUUAUGGUGUCAAAACAGGCGUCUCAAAUUGUACUUUCGUGUUAAAUCAGUCGGCAGACAGCUCUUCAGCAGACUUAGUCUAUGAAGUCUUCCGUCACGUGAUGGCUAGUCGUGAGGCUAACUCGAGACAUGUAUACCGAUUUCAGCCUGUGUUGGCCACUUGUCGACCGGACAGGGACGAUCUACGUAUCUUGAUGCGCAAAGCCUGGAAGAUCUUUUGGAACAGUGAGGACACUUUUGAGGAUGGAAGGCCAUUGUGUCUCCUUUGCUCCAAAGUGCCGUUUCAGCGAGCCAGGUUUGUGAAAAAGGAUGAUAGUGGAGAUACAAAAAAACAUUUCAUGGUCAAUUUUCGAGCGCGGAACUAUGGUAAAAUGUCCAAGGCGGAAGCCUUGAUGGCGGUGAUUGACAUCAUGCGGGAGGUCGCGCCAGAUUGGUCACCCGUUUGCGCUGGAGCCGAUUUGGUUAUCAGCAUAGAUGUUCUCCGUACUGUACUGUGUUUGGGCUUCCUUGAAAAGUUUUCAACCUUUUCCAAGUAUAACAUUAGUGAAAUUACCUCCCAGAAAUCGUAA